AUGCUUCCCACGGCGAAGCCAACAGCCGGAUUACACCUACUGGCCUUCGGAUUCAACUGCCCAGAAGCACGGGUACCGGCCGAACACCCGCAGCGACUCGCCUGCCUCUGUGAGGAGCUUGACUCCACCUACUACGCGCCAGCGACGAAGAACUCCGAUGCCCCCCACCAUCAUGCACGGUCCGACGAACACCGGCUUGGAUUCCAUCGCCGAUCAGGAGCAAGCUUGCGGUCCGGUUUCCACGGUGAUGGCUUCCGUGAAAGAGACCCAGGUGGCCGCCAGUCCCCGCUGGGCGACAGUCGGGGCGUGCCAUUCUCGUCGAGGCACGCUUCGGCGGAUGCCGAGGACCGUCUCUUCCACCAUUCGGUGCCGAGCAGUGGCGUGCACAAGGUGGCGCAGCCACCACGUCGUCCGCACAGUCGUCACGACUUCCGCGACUUCCUCCAGCCUUCGUACCACAAGAUGAGUCCCAGUGCCGUGCAGAGUAGCGACAACUGUGCCAACAUUGUGGGCGCCCAGGUGGGGGGGUCUGCUGUUGUCACCCAACGCAGCAAGAAGGACCUUCCCGGCAACAACUUCAACCAGGAAUUCCCCACGUUGCAGGGUGCAGACGAAGCUCCUGUUCAACAGCCGCCAGUCGUCAACGGCAGCGUCUGGGGUGAGUGCUAUUGGUGCGGACAAGACAAGGGCAAGGUUUGA